AUGGCUAUUCCAUCCAAUGGUGAACGCUGUUGGCGGCUAGUUUGGGCUAAGAAUGUUGAGAAAGUUCGAAAGCAUAACAAAGAGGCUGCCAUGGGGUUGUACACAUUUACCCUGGGUAUUAACGAGUACAGCGACACGGUUAGGAAAUUAAUAGUACAAUUCUCUCUUGAAAUAAUAACUCCGCUGUCUCUUUUGUUACAGCCUCGCAAUGGCAUCAACAAUGCACAUAUAAACAGACUGAGGGAAUCAGCAUUUCAAAAUACAAAUUUCAAAUAUGAGAUAAAAGCCGACAUUACUGACACAGACUUGCCUAAGGAGGUAAACUGGAGAUCGAAGGGAUGGGUCACACCAGUAGGUAAUCAGUUCCAGUGCGGAUCCUGCUGGGCGUUCACGGCUAACAGUGCCGUGGAAGGACAGCAUUACAAUAUCACGGGACAGCUGGUCCCUCUGUCCGCUCAGAAUCUGAUGGAUUGUUCAAGUGCUGAAGGUAAUCAGGCCUGUGAAGGAGGGUCGAUGAUAUCUUCUUAUGAAUACAUCAUCAAAAAUAAAGGCGUGGACACCCAGGCCUCCUAUCCUUAUACCGGGAAGAAUGGGAAAUGUAAUUUCCAAAAGAAGAAUGUAGGAGCUACUCUGACCGGAUAUGGAACAAUUCAUAAGGGGAGCGAACUCGCUUUACAGAAGGCUGUUGCGACGAUAGGCCCUAUCGCUGUGGCGGUUGAUGGGGCGACAGAAUCAUUCGAAAUGUACAAGAGCGGAAUCCUGAACGACCCAAACUGUAAACAAAUUGUUGACCAUUCCCUACUGGUGGUAGGUUACGGGACACUAAACGGAACCGACUACUGGCUUAUGAAAAACAGCUGGGGGACAAGCUGGGGAAUGGACGGUUAUAUCAUGAUGUCUAGAAACAAAGGAAACCAAUGUGGAGUGGCUAAUAUGGGCAGCUUCCCUAUUGCCUGAAUCAUAAGGAAAUCACCACCAAACACAUUGUAGUGUAAUUAUCGAAUCGUGAAAUACAAUGUUACAGUGCCAUAAUAAAUCAACUCCAACAACAACAUUGUCACAUCACUGUAAUUGAGGACUGGUCCGUCGUGAGAGUAAGAGCACACAUCAAUGUUUUCCUCUUCACCAGACAUCAUCUUGUAUUAAAAUCUUUGUCAAAAUAAUCCGUAGUCUAUUUAUUGUAUACCAUGUUUUUCCUAUUAUCUUUCCGCGAAAGUCCACUUUGCACCAAGGUAGACAGCUGUUGUCGGUUUGCUAACAUACACUAUGUACAUCCAUUAUCAGUAUAAUAGCUCUGAGGUUAUAUAGCGACGUAAAUCAGGUUUACAAUGUGUAUGUUAUAUAAUCGCUAUACUGAGAGUAGUGACACCGGUGAUCCUUCAGCCAUUUAACAUUCAUGAUGUACAAAUGUAUAGUGUGAAAUGGAGACAUGCACUUCCUGAAGUAUUUGCUUUAAAUAAAGAUGUAUAGGAAAUA